AUUCUUCAUCUGAACUAAAGAACAUAAACAUGAUACGCUCUUGUUUUUUGGAAGUGAGGGGAUGCUUGCCUCCCUCAGUUUGACUUGGCAGCCUGAAGUUCCCCCAAGGCCCUUUGAACGGGAUUGUUCUUGGACCACAUGUAUUUUUUAUACAUUUAGAGAAUUGGAAUUGCUACUCCAAAGAAAAGGAAGAUUAAUUCUGGCUGAAAGAACAAACCUAGUAGAAUGGAAAGGAGGGAGUGAGAAAUGGAAGCUGCCACUCUGAGCACACACAGGCCUUCUUCCCUGGACACUUUACAAAAGCUCUUUAACAUGUUCUGUGGGACGGCCAGCCCCGGGCACCCAACCACAGACCUAGAGAUAAAUCACAGAGCAACAGAGGCCAUGUUCUUGGGAACAGUGAUUUUUUAUUUAGUGCUCUGAAUUAAGUUUUUAUAUUUCUCGAGAGUAUGUUGUUGUCUGUAAACCUAAGUAAAAAAUUCUUUUUCUUAGCAAUCUUCUGCCCCUCAGUUCCUGAAAGAGGUCCAGAAGGAAGCCAGUCUGGCUGCUCCCAGGGAGGAUUAUGAGGAAUUCACCUCAUGCCAAUGCUUGGACUAUGAUUUUAUCUGACCCUUACACCAGGCCUCCACAGGAAGCAGCAGGCUGAUGCUACCUACCUUCAGUCGGUAGUUUAACAUAUGUCUGUUAUGUAUAUAUUGUCUGUCAAGCUACGUAAUCUUUGCUCGAGAUAAUACGGUGAUUAUCUAGAUGUGUCCCUAGUUCCCUUAGGGCUCACACUUCUUGAGAAAGGGAGAUGAAGGAGAAGAUGAUUUUCAUGAGAGAUAGAAACGUUAGGGGAGACCUGCAUUAGAGAGGAGGCCGGCCCAACGGCAGCUGUCCCCCUCCUGGGUAGCUCCAGUUUGUCCUCCUGUCCCCUCCAGCCUCUAUCCCCGCAUUGCUGUCCUCAGAGUUUCACCUUCCCUCCCAGCCGCCCACCUCUGGUUCCUAGGUGCUCUCUCGCGAGCGGCCCAGGCCAACGGCAGGACUGCCUUGCUCUCUCCUUCCUCCUACUGGCUUGGGCAACCCUACUGCCACCGCCUCCCGCUAUGGGCAACGAAGCUAGCUUCCAUUCCGAGAUGGGCAGUAACUUCGAGCAAGAUGAGAUUAGAAGGCUGUGCAGAAGCUUCAGGAAGUUGGACGUGGACAAAUCCGGCUCCCUGAGCAGAGACGAGUUCAUGUCGCUGCCUGAGCUGAAACAGAACCCACUGGUGACUCGAGUGAUCGACAUCUUCGACACGGACGGCAAUGGGGAAGUGGACUUCCACGAGUUUGUCCAGGGCACCUCGCAGUUCAGCGUCAAGGGCGACGAAGAGCAGAAGUUAAGGUUCGCCUUCAGAAUCUAUGACAUGGACAAAGAUGGCUACAUCUCCAACGGGGAGCUCUUCCAGGUGCUGAAGAUGAUGGUGGGUAACAACCUCAAGGAUUGGCAGCUGCAGCAGCUGGUGGACAAAACCAUCUUGGUUGUGGAUAAGGAUGGCGAUGGCCGGAUAUCCUUUCAAGAGUUCUGUGAUGUGGUCAGAGGCAUGGAGAUCCACAAGAAGUUGGUCGUGCCUAUAGAUCACGGUCAAGAAGACUAAAAGCUUAAAAAUAAGAAAAUGUACAUCUUUGCCUUUCUUUCUCAAGGUUGUAUAUAUGGGAGAAGACUACAGUUCUCACAGAGUGUUAGGCACUCUUUUCAUUUACUUGUGGCAUUCAGAUUUUUAACAAAUUGUUAACUUCCUAUUGUAACAACUAGCAAAAAUAUAUUUAUCUUUGCUUAGUA